AUGUCGCACGUGGAGCAUCUUCGUCAUACUGCUUUGCAAUUGAGGUCUCCCUUGUUUACAUGUCCCCAUCUUCCGGUCUGGGCAGGCGGAAUUCAGGACUUGGUCAAUGCAUUGAUGAAGCCUGUGGAAGAUAGUGUUUCCCAUUUACCGCCGCUAGACUGGGUUCCUCAUCCAAACUCGGAGUAUAAAGACAGCUACAAGGUUUUCCGCAACGUUGUAAGUGAUUAUAAAGCAGACAACACAGGAAACCAAGAUUCGGCACCUGCCAUUCAGAGAGCUAUUGAAGCGGGGGCAUCAAACGGGCCUUCUCGGAACUCCAAAUCUAUGGGCACGACGGGACAACCGGCCGUAGUUUAUCUACCAGGAGGAACAUAUCUUUUACAAACCUCUCUGCAACUCUUCACUGGAACGGUGUUGGUCGGUGACCCGUCAAACCCGCCCGUCCUGAAGGCCGCUUCUGGGUAUUCUCUGGACCACAUUGUAUACGCCAAGGAUCCUAAUCACGAAGGAACGAACAAUUUCUACAUUGGCAUUAAGAAUAUCGUCCUGGACUCUACCGGGGUCGAUUCGGCUAAGUCCUUGUCACUCCUUGACUGGACUGUGAGCCAGGCAACACAACUCGCCAAUGUCGCGUUCCAUAUGCCAACUGGCAGCAAACAUACUGGCUUGACGACGCAGUAUGACUAUAACAGUAACAUCAUUGUGAAUGACCUCUCGUUCAGUGGCGGUGGUGUAGGGAUGAAGCUGAGCGGGCAGCAAUGGGUUUUCAAGAAUCUUACCUUCACUGGGACGACUAUCGGGGUAGUUGCAGGAGCCACCGACAUUGUCUUCUUAGGAUGCCAAUUCCAACAGGGGGCGAUAGGCAUUAAUGCGAGUGAGACAUCGGGCUCCUUGACCGUGAUCGAUUCUAGCGCGUCGGGCCUAGAUACCUUCAUCACCUCGGGUGACUCAGGUGGUGCAGGGAACGCAAUCGUUUUGGAGAAUGUUCAGAGUUCGGGGGUCACUGUUAGUCUGGGAGGCAAAGCUGUGCUCACAGGAGGCGUAUCAGACACUUGGGUCCAUGGAACCAUGUACAAUUCAGGAAGCACCAACAAAGAGCGUGUUGACGGGAAGAUUGUCGUAACCAACCGGGCUUCGUCUCUGCUCUCUGGAAAUAAGUACUACACGGUUUCGCCGCCGACUUACCAGGAAUACCGAUCAAACAAGGUUCUGAAUAUCAAAUCUGUAUCCUCCAGCCCUGUCUAUGGUGAUGGUCAGACGGAUGACACGGCAAACAUCAACAAAAUUCUUUCUGAGAACAAAGAUUGCAAAGUGAUAUACUUCCCUGCUGGUACCUAUAUUGUUACGGACACAAUCUUUGUCCCUAGUGGUACGCGAAUCAUUGGGGAUGCCUUUGCUUCGACUAUCAGCGCGGUCGGUAAUAAUUUCAAAGACGAGGCUUUUGUUCGCGUUAUGAUCCGCGUGGGGUACCCAGGAGACAUGGGAGUGGCCCAGAUCAGUGACAUGGUUCUUACGGUGGGAGAUAUUUUGCCAGGCUGUCAAUUAAUGGAGGUCAACAUUGCUGGAAAGAACCAAGGAGACGUCGGAUUCUGGAAUGUGCAUUUCCGUAUCGGUGGUGGAGUAGGCAGUAGGGUACACAGUGAUUGUACCAGCUCGCCUGACAGCUGUAAAGCCGCUUACGGACUACUCCAUCUGACGGGUACCUCAUCUGCUUACAUCGAGAACAUGUGGGGAUGGACGGCAGAUCACGAUCUCGAUGGAUCCAGUACACAGACCAUAUCCACUGGCAGGGGUCUUUUGGUCGAAGCUGUUGCCGCCACAUGGCUCAUCGGUACCGGAUUUGAACACCACACUCUCUAUCAGUAUAACUUCGAGCACGCACACAACGUCCUGGCCACCAUGCAGCAGAGCGAAACACCGUACUGGCAGGGUGUAGGAAGCACGCUGGCACCGGCUCCGUGGGGCAACCACCUAAGUGCAAGUGAUCCGGACUUUUCAUGGUGCGCUGGGGAUGAUGCGACUUGCCGUAUGGCGUUAUUCGAGCGGAUUAAUGGUGCAUCAAACCUCUUCCUUUAUGGAGGUUGCAACUGGGCAUUCUUUAACAACAAUGGUGGUUGCAACGGCAAAUGUCAAAAGAACGCCGUCCAGAUUAUUGAAUCAUCUGCGCUGUACUUGUACGGCACGAAUACCAAGAGCACGGCAAAUAUGAUCCUGGAGGGCUCGACGACGAUCGCAACGGAAGAUGAUAACGCUGGUGGUUGGGGCGGAGUAAUUGCGGCUUUCUUGUACAAAACGUGA